AAUAACUGCUAUUUGGGGGCGGGAAAGAUGGACACAGGGACACACGGAUGUUUUCAAACGGCGUCAUGACGUCACACGUCUUCCUGUCUCCACCCGUCGGCAGCCAUGAUGCAGGAAGGACUGGACGACGGACCAGACUUCCUCUCCGAGGAGGACCGUGGACCGAGGGCAGUCAACGUGGACCUUCAGACGGACGCCACCCUGCAGGUGGAUAUCUCCGACGCCCUCAGCGAGCGAGACAAGGUCAAGUUCACGGUGCACACCAAGAGCACGCUGCCCAACUUCAAGCAGAACGAGUUCUCGGUGGUCCGCCAGCAUGAAGAGUUCAUUUGGCUGCAUGACUCCUUUGUGGAGAACGAAGACUACGCUGGCUACAUCAUCCCGCCGGCACCCCCCAGGCCGGACUUUGACGCCUCCAGAGAGAAGCUGCAGAAGCUGGGGGAGGGCGAGGGAUCCAUGACCAAGGAGGAGUUCACCAAGAUGAAGCAGGAGCUGGAGGCCGAAUACCUGGCCAUCUUUAAAAAGACGGUGGCCAUGCAUGAGGUCUUCUUGUGUAGAGUGGCGGCACAUCCCAUCCUGAGGAAGGACCUCAACUUCCACGUCUUCCUGGAGUACAACCAGGACCUGAGCGUACGGGGCAAGAACAAGAAGGAGAAGUUGGAGGAUUUCUUCAAGAACGUGGUCAAGUCCGCUGACGGCGUCCUGGUGGCGGGCGUUAAGGACGUGGACGACUUCUUCGAGCACGAGAAGACAUUCCUGUUGGAGUAUCACAACCGUGUGAAGGACGCCUCGGCCAAAUCGGACCGGAUGAUCCGCUCUCACAAGAAUGCUGCCGACGACAUCAACAGAAUCGCGUCGUCGCUCUACGCGUUGGGGACGCAGGACUCCACCGACCUGUGCAAGUUCUUCCUCAAAGUGUCUGAGCUCUUUGAAAAGACCAGGAAAAUCGAAGCUCGGGUCGCGGCCGACGAAGACUUGAAGCUGGCCGACCUGUUGAAAUAUUACCUGAGGGAGUCGCAGGCUGCUAAGGACCUGCUGUACCGCAGGAGUCGAGCGCUGCUGGACUACGAGAACGCCAACAAGGCUCUGGACAAGGCUCGUGCCAAGAACCGUGACGUCCUGCAGGCCGAGAGCAGCCAGCAGCUGUGCUGCCACAAGUUCGACAAGAUCUCCGACUCGGCCAAGCAAGAGCUCAUUGACUUCAAAACGAGGCGAGUGGCGGCGUUCAGGAAGAACCUGGUGGAGCUGGCAGAGUUGGAGCUCAAACACGCCAAGGGGAACCUCCAGCUGCUGCAGAGCUGCCUGGGUGUGUUGAAGGGUAACACUUAACCACGCCCCCUUCUUUGCCGGACAUGCCCCCAUCGGGGCAUCGCCAGACGGAUGACAGAAUGCCACCAGAAAGCUGAGGAAGAAGGAACAGGAAGUCGGUCAUCUUCAUCACUUAACCACACGCUACCCCGAAACCCCCCAACCCCUUCCCGCCUUGCUCUGCUGGUUCUGGUCUUAAUGAGAUUUGGACCUUUUAUGGUCUAAUCGGGAUCAGUCUGCUUCAUCUUCUCCUGUCUUACUUUGGCGGGGUUCUUCUGUGUCGGUGAACUUCCUGUGCCGCUGCUGCGUGGAUGUUCAGAGUCCAGUUCUGGCUCCUGUUCUUAUUAAUGUCACAUAAAGAAAGAAUGCCUUGUACAGCUUUGUAUUGGUUCACCAAUGGCCGCUGAUCGUCAUCUUCGUCCUUUUCCUCGCUAAUUGUAACUUGUUUCUGUUCAAAGACGUUUUGUGGAAGGAGCCUCAGUCUCUGCCUUAAUGUCACUUGUUGAUUUUUGUUCUUUUUCACUGUAAGGAAUGUUUCACUCAUGUGACCAAAGCUUCCAUCCCUGCCGAGAUGGCAAUCGAGUGUAGAAAAAGUCAAUAAACAAGCUGAUUUGUUUUCACAAUAAAACUUUCAAGG